AUGGGCUCUACUAUUUUAUAUUUAGAUUUUCCACAAAGUCGAGAAGGCCUUUUUGGGAACCUUUGCGAACCCACAACACCGAAGAGCCUUUUUCCAACGACCAAAUUCUCCACACAAUCAUGCGGUCUUUUUGGCCUUUCCGUUAUUUCAUCUGAGGCCAAAUGCAAUAGUGGUCCUGCCUCCAACGAACCUCAUUUCGAAAUCGAACAAAGAGAUGCCUUAACAACUCCAAGAUUUGCCUCCGAAGAAUCAUCUGCCAGCAUUUUUUCACCACCCACAGGUCUCUUCAAGUCAACCAAUGAUACAGUUUCACAGCCUACCUUGUUCUCCGGAUUGAAAACCCGGAUGUCAGAUCAGGCUGACUCGUUUUCAAUAAGGCCUUUCCAGCACUCUACUACAGCUAAAGAAAUAUCACCUGUUGAACCUGUUUCGGUAAAUUUGUCCUUAACUCCUAAUCAAAUGGGACUUUUCCAACGAUCAGAAAAUUCCUCCCAACAAGCGUCUCCUGGUAGCGAACAGAAACCUUCCCUUGCACCCAGACAGGCUAAACAGCAGACUCCUCAACGGGAAGUGUUGACUGCAGUCAAGUUGAGUCGCAUAUCUCCCAACAUGAACCAGAAAGCUCAUCUAAGCAAGCUGUUUAGUAGAUUCGGGAAAAUUGAGCGCAUAAUUUGUCAGCCGUCUGUAGGCGUUGCAUUGGUCGCGUUUUCUAGCCAUGUAGACGCUCAGAGAGCCAAAUCAGAAGCAGCAGAACUGAUUCCUGGUGUCGUGGCAUCUUUCGGGAAAUGCGUUCGCCGAACGAGUGGGCUAACGUCCUCCAUAUCACCUAAAAGCUCUUCAUCACUUCCAAAUUUUUUCCGUAUCCCUUCCAAAGAAUCUCCUAAUCUUCCUUCUAUGGGUCCCGCAUCAACAGUACUAGAGCGUCUAGCUGUGUUGGAAGCAAGGGAUAGGGCGGAACAUGAUAGGAGACAGACUGUAUCCGGUCGCCCUCGGCUCACCAGUCGAUCCUCGUCCAGACAAUACUUCCGCGAAUUGCGCCAACGGGUCUCUGUGUUUGAGUGCCUGAACAGCGAAAUCUCCUCGUCUCUCUGGCAAAUGGAUCACAAGAAAGCAGUAAAAGACUACAGUCGUUCAGCCGCUGACCAGGCAGAACCUUUGCCACGAGAACUGCGGCCCCCAGAGGUUCUGCAACGGACCAUGAAUUACCUCUUGGCCGCCAUUGCAGAUCGCCCAGAGCUCGACCAGAGCGGUAACCUCUGGAAACCAUGGUAUGAGUUUCUGUGGACACGGACGCGUGCGAUUCGAAAGGACAUCACCCAACAGCGCCUGUGUUCAUCAACCGUUGUUUCAAUUGUUGAGAAAAUCACUCGCUUUCACAUAUUUUGUGCGGCUCGUCUUGUGGAUCAGUCAAUGGACGCAUUCGAUCCUAGAAUCAACUCGGAGAAUCUUACUCAAUGCCUACAAACACUUAAAGAACUCUAUGGGGAUUUGAGAAAGGGAGGAGCAGUAAUGGAUCAAUGCCUUUGCGAGCCAGAAUUCCGUGCCUACAUGAUACUCAUGAAAUUAAACGACUGUUCUGUGCUCGAUGAAGUACAAAAGUUUCCCGAGGCUUUACGUAAGUCACCGGAAGUGCAAUUUGCUAUAGCAAUCCACUCCGCCGUGACAGAGCGCAACUACGUCCGCUUCUUUCGCUUGGUUCGCACCUCCGACUGCCUGACGGCCUGUCUCCUUCACCGCUACUUCAGUCAAGUUCGAUCGCAUGCCCUCUUCGCGCUCUCUGCCGCCUUCUCUAGGCACCCCAAACACGAAGUCGGCGUGAGUCUGCGAUUCUUUACUCUUGUCAUCACAGAGUCACCACUGCAGUUUGCUCGAAAUACGCUCUUUCGUGGUUACAACAGUCGACUCAAUGAGGGUAAUAUCGUUUUUUGUACUCUUUGUCUCAUUUCACUUCGAGACCAAACAGCCGUUCUCAUUUCUGCUCUCUCAUCAAUGCCCUUGCUCAUUAACAUAACGGUCAAGUUUCCAUUGUCCACAUUUGUACAUCAACUUGCCUUCGAAUCACGCACUGAUGCUAAGGCCUUCUGUGAACACUGGAACCUACUAGUGUCUGAUGAUGAUCUCAUUUUUCAACGCCAGUCGCCUCCUCGUGAACCCGAGUUUGCGUGGCACGAAAGAAGGGCGCCGAAGUUGAUUGAAGACAAGCGUGCGGGUCAAACUCUGGCAGAUCUCUUCAAUGGCGGUCCCACUGACUCGUCCUACGCCACACCGGAUCCAGUUCAUUCAUCCUUUGAUUCACAUGGUCGACUUAUGCCCGAAGAAGAAGAAGUCCAGAACGGUCUUUGUUGCUCGAACUACACAUCAACAACGACCGGCUUCACUGCGACGCCUCCAGUUGACCCGAAGCCUUCCAUGCCGCUGUUUGAAAAAAAAGCGGCGGCUGGCACCCAACCAGCUGACAACCCUAGAAAACCCUCUUUCCAAAUUGGCUCUGGGCCCAAUACCCCUUCGGAACAAGUGUUUUCAGAGGAGGCGAGCUUAGAGGCGCUGGGAGAGUUGAUUAAUGAAAUGGUGGACACUGAGACCCGCAGCAUCGCGUCACUGGCUGUGUGUGAAGAGGAAGUCACCGAGGAUGUCGCUGAUGCUCUUCUUGAGGAAAUUGUCAAUUCAAGUGUAACAGAAAUUAUCCGAGAGGCAGCGGAGUCGCACUCAAACUGUCUGUCGUCUAUCAUUGAAGAAGCUGCCGACCUUGUCAUUGCAGACUUUGUGUGUAGUUCAAUUUCCGCAAUUAUUUCGGAUACACUUGACGAGAAAGUUGCUCUGAGUGUCUAUGAGGACAUUCUCGCAGAGGUACUGGAGAGUCUCGUCUUUCGGGUUUUCCAAAAGGCCCACAUUGAGCGUUUCAAUAGGCUACGACUCUUAGCCCGCACUUUUACUGCUUGGAACGAACUUCGUCUCAGUGAAGAGCGACGUGAGAUUCGUGUUCGUAAUCUGAUCCUCUCAAUACCCGCCACCCCCGCUCCUCAACUCCUUAUCGGCUAUGCUCACGAUGAACAGAGCUCGGGUUGCCGAAGAAAUUGGUUGGAGAGCAUCGGUGCCGACAACUGUGGCGACUCGGACAGAGUCAACCAUCCCCUUAAACGAUCCCGUUUUUCUCACGACAAUGACGAGAUUGAUCUCAGACUUGCGUGGCAGCCGCUCGGUCCCAUUUGCAGUUUCCCCGACAACGUUUGCCUCGGUGUGAUUCUCUCCCCCACGGCGCCUCAUUUCUCAAGCUGGCUUCUCUCCAAACUCCCUACCAACAUUACAUUUACUACCCUCUCGUUCAUGGACCAACUUACUGGGCACGAAGCAGGCCUCAUUGUUGUCGUUUCCAACAACGACAUUAUCACGCCCCUGCCCAUUCCGCAACUUCAUCUUUACCCACGGGGUAUUCGUGACCCUGGCGAAACUUUGAGCAGCAUCAAGAGUAUCUCAUUUCCUCCUCUGUCAGACAACAACCGCAACGCCGUCAUGGCCUACCGUUGGAGCGUGCUCCUCCAAGACGGCAUUGAGUGGCUUGCGGAAAAGGUGAGGGAUGAUAAAGCUGAGGCUGCCACCAAAGUGGAGAAUGCGCCGCUGACAGCGGCAUCAUCAUCUUGGUUCUCGAGCAGGCCUAAAAGCCUGAUGGACAUUGUGGUGGCCCAGGUUGAAACCAACUUCCUGAAGCCUUUGCUAUCAUGGAUUGAGCAGUGGAAGGAAAUGGGAAUUACCGAUCCCGACCCUCACUAUAUAUUAGACGCCUACAAUCGAAGCCUGGAUCCCUUACGAGAUUUAGUUCCCAACAGCGUUUUUAUAUCUCCGGUUCCUGAACCCCUCCCUCCUUGUGCCUCCUGGACUGAGGGCCUGAAACACUGGCUUUCGUUUCUCGAUUCGCAGAUUCCUCAGACCUUGGUUCGUUGCUGCAAAUUGUCUUUACAGGGCUGUGAGACGUGGAGACGAGUCAGCGCCCUUUUGAUUCCUUGGGGUUCCCUCUGUGCCUAUCUGAUACGUUCGAAGUUGGAUUUACUAACUGAUGAGUGCCUUGAGUCGACCCCCGCGUCUACCGUCGAAUUGACUGCUGUGGAUGUGUUUAGUGAUUUGGGGCCACAAUUCUCAGUUGCCACGAUUACGCGCAAUUUCGAUUCUCGGCCAAUCACUGUGUCAGUAGCAGGUCGCCGACUCCCACAGAAACCUCGCUCCUCGAGUGCUCUGCUCCAACAAAUUCAAGAGCUAGAUGCAAAAAUCUCAGACGUUUCAAGCAAAGCCCAAUCGAUUUCGCGGCAUUGA